GGGCUCCACCCUAGCAUGUGCUUUUCCCCACCUCUUCACCUGAAGCUAAAAGCUUUUGAGCCAAGAGGGUGGGCCCAGGCUGGGCGGAAGGGAGAGGUUGCUAGCCUAGAAAGGGCACGUGAGAAAGCUGAGACCCCAGCACAAGCCAGAAGCCCUGGGGGCCCUCACCGCCAGAAUAGGGCCAAACCUGCUGAGCCAGGCCGCCCCCUCUCCCUCGCCCACGUCCGCUCCCAGCACCUGCGGCCUGACCUUUGGCUGGUGUCUCCGCCUUCUUUGCCCCGAAGACUCACCCUCCCUAGCCCAAAACAGUGCUCAGUCGCCAGCCGGACGGGCCAGGCUCUGGAAGGCGCCCCGGAAGUCAUGGAGGUCCUGGUCCUGGCCAGAUACCGCGCCCGGAAAGAGGACGAGCUGAGCCUGGCGCCUGGGGACGUGGUCCGGCAGGUGCGCCAGGGGCCCGCGAGGGGCUGGCUGCGCGGAGAGCUAGGGGGCCGCUGUGGCCUCUUCCCUAAGCGCCUCGUGCAGGAGAUUCCAGAAGCCCUACGAGUUGCCGGGGAGGCGCUGAGACCACGCUGCGCGCGCCGCCCACGGCAGCCCUCCAAAUCUCGGGGCCCGCAAAGAUGGUGCAAAGUGAACUUCAACUACAGUCCGGAGCAGGUGGACGAGCUGAAGCUGCAAGCUGGGGAGACUGUAGAAGUGAUAAAGGAGAUUGAGGACGGCUGGUGGCUGGGGAAGAAGAACGGGCAGCUGGGAGCCUUCCCAUCCAACUUUGUGGAGUUGCUGGACAGUGGGCCCCCAAGUCUUGGUAACACAGACCUGCCUUCCAUCAGCCCUGGUCCUCAGCAGCCUCCCAAGCUGGCAGGCCUGACCUUUGACAGCCCUCCAGACUACCUGAGGACAGUCUCCCACCCUGAGACCUACAGGGCCCUGUUUGACUACCAGCCGGAGGCCCCUGACGAGUUGCCACUGAAGAGGGGGGACGAGGUGAAAGUACUGAGAAAGUGCACAGAGGAUAAAGGCUGGUGGGAAGGAGAGUGUCGGGGCAAAAGAGGCGUUUUUCCAGACAACUUUGUGCUCCCACCACCCCCAGUCAAGAAGCUGGUCCCACGGAGAGUGGUAUCUCGGGAAUUAGUUUCUAAGGAACCAAAGAAAUUGAUGGCCAGAACAUCCCUCCCUACUGUCAAGAAGCCAGUGACUGCUCCCACUGGACCCAGCAAAGCCAGGACACCCUGUGGGGACAGUCAGAAGCGCCCCUCCCGGGAUGCAGGCUCCAGUGGCAGCUUCCUCAGCGGGGUUCCGGGGCCGCCGGGCAGAAAGCGAUCCAAUACCCAGGCUCUCCGGCAGCACUCUGCACCCAGUCAGAAGACCCAGACUGUGGACGAGGACUCCACUCCGCAGAGGGUCUUCUCUACGGAUGCGGUCCCUGCCCUAGAAGUUCCAUCUAAGGAUGAAGCCCUUGGCCAGUUCAUGGCCCCUGCCCUGGAAAAUCUCAUGACCCCAGAGCAGGGGCUUCCCCAAGAGGUCUCCCCGGGAAAGGGCACUCAGCCCCAGCGCUUCUCUCCUGAGGAAUGCCUGCAUCAGCGCCAGGCUCUGGCGGCCAUGGAGACUCAAUCUCAAGAAGAGGUCCCCGUGCCAGAGCAGGCUCCCCUGCAGCCUGAGUCCUCAGAGAGGAGACAGAGGGACAGCCGCCUGUUCCAAGAGGAGUCCGAGUCCCAGCCAGGGCCCGCGCCUGCCCUUGAGAAGGCCUUGCCCCAGGAGGAGGCCACAGCCCUGCGGAAGGAGGCACCUGCAAAGGAGGAGCCUACUCCCAAAGACUGCAAAGAGCAGGGAGUCCCUCAUCCCCAAACCCCACACACCAGCAAGCAGACUCCAGAACCCCCGGGGACUCCCACCUUCCAUUCCCUGGUUGUGCAAAACUCUGAGAACAAGAAUGACGGAGUGGACAUGACGUCGCUAAUGCACGAGGUGACAUCUCUCAGGAGUGCCCUGGAGCGCCUGGGGCUGCAGCUGGAAAGGAAGAUGACCCAGGUCUGGGAGGAGCUGAGGAAGGAGAAGGAGAAGCUCCGCUCGCUGGAGGUUCAGAUAAUGCAGAGGACCCAGAAGUCCACAGCGCAGGGCUUCAAACACGCCGCGACGCAGACGCAGUGAAGAUCACCGGCCUGCCUGGGAGGGACGCCGAGCUCAGGCCCCCAUGUCGUUACACUCGGCUUGGGGAAACGCAAGAAAGUAAACUCUGAGAUGGACGCGC